GGACAAAUGACAAACAAACAAAAUGGCGGCCUGCCUGUGUCGUCUGCAUCGAAAAAUUUCUGGUACAUCUGUGCCAUUUGUGACACUUGUGCAGUAUCCGGCAAGAUGUGUUAGUACUGAUGUAGCUGAUACAGAGGAAAGAAGAUUCCCCAAAAUAUCUUCAAACAUUCAUGGGUUGAAAAGAGGCACUGGUGGUCGUUCGUCUUUUAAUGGAAAAAUUGCUACGGUUUUUGGUGCCAGUGGAUUUCUUGGUCGUUCUCUUAUCAAUCAACUGGGAAAAAAUGGCACCCAAGUUGUUAUACCUUACAGAAGUGAUCCUUAUGUUAUUGCCAGAUUAAAGCUGUGUGGAGAUUUAGGGCAAAUUCUUUUUACGCCAUUCAAUUUGAAAGAUGAGGAAUCGCUGUAUAAAGCAAUGAAGCACUCUAAUGUAGUGUUCAACCUAAUAGGAAGAGAUUAUGAAACAAAGAACUUCCCUUUUGAAGAAGUACAUGUCAAAGGUGCUCGAAACAUUGCUCGCAUAGCUAGAGAAUCCGGAGUUGAAACCCUGGUUCAUGUUUCUGCUUUAAAUGCCUGUGAGAAUCCCAAACCUAUAAUUUUGAAAAGAGGCUCACAGUUUUAUGCCAGCAAGUGGCGUGGAGAACAAGCUGUCCGGGAAGAAUUUCCAGAUGCCAUAAUAUUUAGACCUGCAGAUAUGUGGGGUCAAUAUGACCACUUUUUAAACUAUUAUAUGAAUAUCUUUAGAAGAACAUGGCGUGCAAUGUCGCUAUGGAACAGAGGUGUUGGAAUAAUUAAACAGCCUGUGUAUGGUCCGAAUGUUGCAAAGGGGCUUGUUAAAGCAGCUAUGGAUCCUGAUGCUGCUGGACAUACAUUCCAAGCUGUAGGACCUCAUCGAUAUGAAUUGUCAGAAUUGAUGGAUUGGUUUCAUCGAGUGAUGUUAAGGACUCGAGAAAGGUUCUACUACAGAUUAGAUGCUCGUUAUGACGUUACACUAUGGGCACGAAUAAUAUUGGCAGAAAUAAUUUUGACUCGUUACAGGCGGUUGUCAUGGGAAAGGUUAGAGAGGGAAAGCACUACUGAUGUUGUCCUGCCAGAUCUUCCAACCUUAGAAGAUCUAGGUGUGGAACUAACUGAAUUAGAAACAAGAAUUUUCUAUGAAUUGAAACCAUAUAGGUUGGAUGCAUAUCUUGAUCCUCUAUCUGCAAACUAUGUCAGACCAGUUGAACCUUGUCCUUUUGCAAAGGCAUAAAAUUUUAUGAAGCAGCUGUUAAAGUGAAAUAAGAUGUUCUUAGAAAUAAACUUUCAGUUUCA